AUGCCAGGUGCAAUCUCCCCCCAACCCAUUGACAAUGAUGGCCCUCCAUCCCAUGUCAUUGGUGUCUACCAUAUCACACACCCCCGCUCUGCAUCCAACCUCUUCCAGAACAUGAUGUCCAAGCAGCCUGGGUAUCAGAACUCGGGCUACAAGUUGUACGAUGCGGCGUUGGGGACUAUGAUGGGGUUGGAACGAGGGCCGUUGAGUGCGUGGCCGGAGGAGCGCGAGGCGUUGUAUGAGGCGUAUAGGAAGGGAUGGGAGGCCAUGCUUGAUGAGUGCGAGGAUGCGAAGAGAAAUGGCAAAAAAGUCUUCAUAAAAGAACACGCAUACUUCAUCAACGGCCCGGAUACAAUCUUCUCGUCCUUCUACCCCGAAGACGCCGCAACCCUCCCACGCAUUACCCUUUCCCUCCGCAAUGCCUCCCCCUCAGAACCCGUCAAACACACAAACCCCACCCCCAUUCCUGACGCCUUCUUCCUAACCAUGCAACCGAUUUUCCAAAUCCGCCACCCCAUGCUCAUGUACCCCUCUGCCAUCCGCGCCCAACGCGCCAUAAAUUUGGGCGGAGACCCAGCCUCCAAUUUCGGCCGCUUCACCCUAUCCUUACAGCGCCAGCGCAAACUCUAUGACUGGUACCUCGAGCACGGCGCCGCCGUCGGCAUCGUGCCGCGGGUCAUCGACGCCGACGACGUCAUGAAGAGUCCCGAGGCAGUGCGCAAGCUGUGUCGGCAGACGGGCCUGGAUCCCGAUGCAGUGGCGUAUGAGUGGGAGACGAGAGUUGUAGAGGAUUUCCGGAUAUCGAGGUUUUUGAGCACGAUUAAUAAUAGUAGGGGGAUUUUGCCGGGCUUUGCGGCUGAGGGGUUGGAUAUGGAAGAGGAGAAGGAGAAGUGGAGGAAGGAGUUUGGGGAGAAGGAUGCUGGGGAGAUUGCGAAGAGGGUGGAUGAGAGUAUGGGGGAUUAUUUGUAUUUGUGGGAGAGGAGGACUAAGGAGGAAAUGAAGGACGAGGGUCUCGCGCCCUGA